UAAAAAAAGAUAAAGACAAGAAUCGGACAAACUCCAUCCAAGCAAAGCAAUCACUUCACUACAAGAUUUUGUGAGUUUUUCCUCUUUCUUUGUUAGCUGAGCUUGGUAUCUCAAGGUCUCAAUCUCUAACUAGGACGACAUGCCUUCUCUCUCCGUUUUCCCAUCACUCCCAUCGCUUCAAAACCCUAACUUGAGCCAACCCAAUUUCUUCAAUUUCCGCUUACCGUCGCUCUGUCACCGUCCCCUCGUCAAAAGCACUGCAACUUUUCACCGUAGAAUCCUCUGCAAAGCCUUCAGAGAUUCCGGCGAGGACAUCAAGGCGGUGCUCAAGUCCGACGACGGUGGUGGCAGCGGCGACGGCGGCGGCGACGGUGGGGGUGGGGGUGACCGGGAUGCGGAGAAGAAAGAAGGGCCCUUGCCGGAAUGGUUGAAUUUCAGUUCUGAUGACGCAAAAACGGUGCUUGUGGCUCUGGCAAUUUCGCUUGCGUUUCGAACGUUCGUGGCGGAGCCGAGGUACAUUCCUUCGCUGUCAAUGUAUCCUACAUUUGAUGUUGGAGAUCGAAUUGUUGCUGAGAAGGUUUCAUACUAUUUUAGAAAACCAUGUGCAAGUGACAUAGUGAUAUUUAAAAGCCCUCCGGUGCUUCAAGAAGUUGGAUAUAGCGAUGAUGAUGUUUUUAUAAAGCGUGUGGUUGCAAAGGCAGGUGAUAUUGUGGAGGUUCGUAAAGGGCAUCUUGUAGUUAAUGGGGUUGAGAGGAAUGAAGAGUACAUCCUUGAACCACCUGCUUAUGAGAUGAAACCCACACGUGUGCCAGAGAACUACGUCUUUGUAAUGGGAGACAACCGCAAUAACAGCUAUGACUCCCAUGUGUGGGGUCCCCUGCCAGCCAAGAAUAUCAUAGGUAGAUCAGUAUUUCGCUAUUGGCCACCAAAUAGAAUUGCUGGCACAGUUUCUAAGGAAACUUGCAGUGUUGAAACCACGCAGACGCAGGAGAGUGCGGAGACUGCUCUACCAUCUCAAUGACCACUCUGUCCAUCGAUUAUUGUAGACUGUACAACCUUUCCCAAUUUUUGUAUUCAAAGAUAUAGGAUAGGAUGUUUGCUAAGUUGAAAAACAUUUGUAAGUUUCUUCACAUUCUUCAUAUUGGUUCGUGUAAAUUAUCUAUUAAUUCAAAUAUCCAGUCAUCGUACUUUGCUUGAAGAAGUUGGUUACAGGAAAAAAUACAUGUAAAAAAAAAAAAAUACCACCAACUUUUCUUAGAAUAUAUUUUGCUUUAAGGAAUGAAAAGUAUUUACAUUAUAAAUC